AUGGUAAUGGAAAUUGUCAUUUCUUUGAUAAUCUUAUUCGUUGGGAUUGCUAUUCUGGUUUCUAUCCAUUUCUGCAUAGUUGGUAGAGCUUUUACGAGGGAUAAUAAUAGUGCAGACAUUCAAGUCCAGAGUAGUACUAGCAGAACAACAAAAGGAAUGUUUGGCGACAAUAUUGGUGACUUGAAGAAUCUUCCUUGUUUUGAUUAUGUGGAACAAGAGAAAGGAAACAACAACAACAACAACAACAGCAACGUUGUCGACUGUGCUGUUUGCUUGGAGAGUUUUAACGUUGGUGAUGCUUGUAGGUUGUUGCCUAAUUGCAGACACAGUUUUCAUGUUCAGUGCAUAGACUUGUGGAUUCUGAAGAAACCGUUUUGUCCGAUUUGUAGAACAUGGGUUCAUUCAAGAGUAGUUAUGAGAGAAGAAAGUACUGUUUCUGAUUCUGAUAUUGUAGAAAUUGAAAUGCCAUAG